AAGAAUCAAAGCAGCUGGAUGACACAACUCAAAAGUAGUUAAAUUUCUCAAAUUCUUUUAAUAGUUUCCACAUCUCAAAGUAAGGAACAAACAAAAACCUCUUGUCUAACCUAAGUCCUACAUUUUGAAAAAACACCCUUUUCCUUUCCCAUUAUCAAAUCUUUCUCCAUCUCCAUAUUCUCUAUUCCAUGGCUCUAAGCAACAAAGCCAUAGGUGCCAUAAACUUCAUCGCAAUCCUCCUUUCGAUCCCCAUCAUAGGCUCGGGUAUCUGGCUAGCCACCGAACCCGACAACUCGUGCAUAAAACUCCUCCAAUGGCCUGUCAUCAUCUUAGGAAUCUUGAUCCUCAUUGUAGCCCUAGCCGGUUUCAUAGGAGCCGUAUGGCGCGUUGCGUGGUUGCUCAUCUUCUAUCUUGUUGCAAUGCUUGUAAUGAUUGUUUUACUUGCAUGUCUUGUCAUCUUUAUCUACAUGGUCACAAUGCGAGGCUCGGGCCACGCAGAACCUAGCCGAGCUUACUUGGAGUACAAACUUGAGGACUACUCGGGAUGGCUUCGUCAAAGAGUUCAAAUGCCAUGGAAGUGGGAUCGAAUCAAAGGAUGCCUUAGAUCGUCGAGUAUGUGCCCCGAGCUAAAACAAAGUUAUAGUAUGGCUCAAGAUUUCUUUAACGUGCACCUUUCUCCUUUACAGUCAGGAUGUUGUAAGCCACCUACGCAAUGUGGGUAUACUUUUGUUAACCCUACUUAUUGGAUAAGUCCUAUAAACAUUGCGGCCGACAUGGAUUGUUUAAAAUGGGACAACGAUGAAACAAAGCUAUGUUACGAGUGUGACUCGUGCAAGGCGGGGUUAUUGGCUAAUAUCGAACGCGAAUGGCGAUAUGCCGACAUUAUUCUAUUAAUCACACUCAUUGCUCUCAUUUGUGUAUAUGUUGUGGGCUGCUGCGCUUAUAGGAAGGCUAAGACCGAUAAGCUCUUUAGUGAUUAUCAGCAUGGUUAUACAUGAUUUGAAAUAUUAAUAUUAAUUAAUGCUCAUAUAUUAUAAUAUCAUGAGUAAUGAAUUAUGAAAGACUGUGAGAAGUUUGAAUAUUUGGGGUUUUGAAGAAAAAAAGUGAAUGUGGUGGUGGGUCUUACGUGAUUUACGCGUCUGCAGCACCGAAAGUAAAUUAUGUCUCGAAUUUGAUGCAGUCUUUUGUCAUUUUUAUAAAUUUGAA